UUGCUCAAAUCAAUUCAUGCAUGGAUGUGCUCGUGAAUUUGCUCCCUUCCGUGCUAAUAAUGACCAUGGUCUGCUUCCUCUUCUUCUUCAUCUUUAUUGAUCAAUCGUUUUCAGCUCGAAACCUCCUCCUCGUCGACGGCGAGGACGAUCGCCACAAUAAUAUUCAUCAUUCACUCAGCUUCUGCAUUCAGGACGUCCUCAGCCAAAGUCACUCAUCAUCAGAACCAGUCACCACAAAAGUUAACAAUCAUCAUCAUCAUCAGCAGCAGCAGCAGCAGUUAGUACUGCCUUUCCCUAAACCAUUAGGCUUCUUCCCUCCCGCAGGAGGAAUUCCCGUGACUUCCAAUCCCAAUCCAAUGGUCGCAGACUCGGGCUUGUCAACCGACCAAAUGCUUGAUCUGCCUGCUGGAAUUAUUGACACGUCUUUUCCAGCAAGAGCUGCUGCAUUAGUGGAUCACCUGGAACUGGAGUUUGGGGCUGUGACAGUCAUCGACGAGGCCUUGUUCAAGGGUGCAUUUGGCUCAGUGUUGGUAGGAAAAGCACAAGGGAUGUAUGUUGCGAGCUCUGAAGAUGGGAUUAGCCAUAUACUGUUGGCAAUGACUGCGAGUUUUCCUAGUACUACUGGAGAAUCUGUCGACAUCGUCGAUGGCUUGAGACUUUUCGGGGUGCACCGGGCUUAUGCUGCGGAGUCUCACGUGGCAGUUAUUGGUGGAACCGGAAAGUAUCAAAGUGCAAAUGGCUAUGCAGCCAUUAAAACCCUGAAUCUAAGCUCCAAGGCUAUGGAGAAUGACAGUAAAGAAGCAUACAAGGUCCUUUGUUUCGAGGUGUUUCUUGGUUAAUAGAUAGCAGCAACUCAGCAUAUAUAGGAAUGAUUAUGAGUACUGGCUAAAACUUGGAUGUAAUUUUUGGUUUUUUCGUUGGAAUUAAGAAGCUCAUCAGCUCUACUUUUUUGGGAUGUUGAUAUCCUU